AGCGGUGCAAGGUGACGCCUGUCUCACCCAGGAUGAGUCGUCCUGUGAUGCCAUGGAGCUCCAUCCUGACAAGCAACCACUCCAGGCCAACGGACACGUCCUCUCCACGGAGGAGGAGAAUUCCUCUGAGCCAACGGCCACUCGGGACCCUCAGGGCGAGAAGGAGCCCAUCAAGGCCCACUUGGAGGAGGCUUCCAGCAGUAAGGAGGUCGAGACGGUCCCCGCUCCUCAAGAGUGUGUGAAUGGAAAUGAAUCUAUGGACAGUGUGUACAGUGAGGCUCUUGAUAAAGAAACAGACGUAGACUCUAUUAAAAAAGAUGCACUUGAGGUGGAGCAUAUGGAGCCUUCUGCCCCAGAAUGCAAUGCAAAGGAGAAUGCAACAUCAGCGGAGGGGAUGGCAUCUGAUGGCAACCAUGAAACAGAAGGUUCAUCAAAAGGGAAGCACAAGUCAAACGAGUCGGCCGUCGGACUCGAAGAGACUGUGGAACUUCUGCCACCUCCAGCUCUCGUGGUUGACCACCAGCGGCUCAAGGCUCUGUUGGAGAAGGUGGUUGUGAAAAGUGACGGCUUUAGUGUGGAUCUUCUGGAGAGAGUUUACUCAGUGCUCAGCCAGUGUAUUUACCAGCACCGCAGAGACUACGACAAGACCCGUCUGAUAGAGGCGAUGGAGAAGUUGAACAUUUCGAAACAUUCCUGUAAUGAAUAGAGGGCUUUCAGAGAGAAACGUGAUCGGAGAGUCUUUUGAUACAAGAGGGAGAGGCCAGCGUUCUGAGCCAAGUCCUUAACGCAGAGCAGGUCUGGACGCCUCGGUCUCAAAUAACAGCAGGAAGGGGAAAAAAGGUGCAGACAUUAGAAACAAAGACUUACAGAGGCGACCUUGGUGCUAUCAUCUCAGGUACCUGAAACAGAACCAAACACAAAAACUCCUGGAGGUUUCCUUUUUAAUCGUUUCGUUUUUGUACUUGCUUACAUGCCAAUUGAUCGUUCUUGGUGCUAUUGGGUGCUAUUGUUUUAUCUUUUUUUUUUCGUCUGCUGCUCCUUGUUCUCAUAAAUAAGCAAACAAAACACAAACAAACUACAUAAUAAAAGAUUGUGUGAUGUCACAAAGCAACCUCAGCCUCCGUCUACUGGAAGCAAACACCCACACACAUAAACAGAUUCUCACCAGCAGUGGCAAACUGUAUAUGGAUGGUGUGAUGCCCUACAGCUCGAGUCAGCUGGUCGUUUACUGUGGAAAUAAACUACAUCGCCCUCUUUCUACAUCCACCCUGAUGUCACACCUUGUCACCACUGGGAUUAUCAACACUUUUUAGCCACAUAGAGAUACUCUUGUUGGGAAAAAAAAACAACACAUUUUGUAGGGACGUCUAGAGUUGUUUUCUACUGGAUGUUAAUUGUAAGAUUUGCAAGGAUUCUGUAUUGUAAACCAACUUUUUCUUGUGACAAAUGAGACUGUGUUCUCUUAUUUAGACUAUACUAUUUGUAGAAACCAACAAAACUAAGCGGACAGAUUUUGAUUAAAAUAGAUCUUUUGGAGAGAAAUUGUAUUAUUUUAGACCCAUCGCAUAUUUCCCCCCUUGGAAUAGUUCAUGGGCUUUUUUAACUUUAAUUUUUGGGCUUUUUUUCUGGUUUAACUGGAUUUACGAGUAGAUAUCUGGAGAUUGCACUGCCUAGCAUGUGCCUUAACCUUUGAGAUAGGCUGAAAAACAUAGCUGAAUAUUGACUAUCGAUGUUUAUGGACAAGCCGCAGGGCUACAAACCAAUAAAAAUGUGGGGUAUGUUGUGCUUAAUUGUUUGCCAAUCUCUUCUCAAGUCACCAAGCAACAUCUGCAUGGUUUGAGAGUCACGUUGCUCUGUCAUACAUUGUGGCUUUCUUUUGCCAUCCAUUUGUAUCGUAACAUCACAUAUUGGAGUAAAAAUAACAGUGAUGUUUUGGUAUGCAAGCGUUGAAGUUAAAAUGGCAGUCUAGGCAGUGCUGAAUUUUUGAACAUAAAGCAUUACUGUAUUUUUGUUGUAUUUUUUUUAUUUUCUGUGUGACCUUUCCAUUGUGUUAACUUGUGCGGUCUAAUAUUAGCUGUCGCAUUAAUAACUUGAUUUCCAUCAAUUUUGGCAUUGUGUAAGUAGCAUUAACUGAGUUCUCCCUCUCAACUUUUGUUAACUCUCAGCUUUAUAAAGAACGUUGAUCCAAGUUCAAGAGUCCUCGUGACCUUGUCUAGGAUUCGGUGCUAUAAAAACAGAAAAAAAGGAAAAUAACACUUUUUAAGACAUAUGCAAAAGAAAGGAAAAACAAACAAACUAGCUGUUAGCUUUGGACUACUGCAGUGCGUGUGAGAGACAGAACCACAGCUACCUCAGCAAGUUGUUUUCAUGCGAAGAGACAAAAGUAAUGACCUGUUUACUGACAAACAGUAUUUGUUGACCUCUGUAAUAUCACUGCGCCCUUUAGAAAUUCAAGCUAAGGUACUGGAUCACCUCUCCGACAUGAGUGCGUCAUGUGGCUGCUGCAGUAAUCCUCUGCUUUGUUAGCAUUUUUGCAUUAUAUUUAGUUUUUUGGGUUGUUCUGCAUUUGAGCCGAGAAAAGAAAUGGCAUUGUAAUAUAGCUGAAAUGUUAUUUACUGUAUAGUUCGGUUUUUCUACGUGCAUCCCAUGAUUUACAUUUUAUUGGCCAUGUUUGUGUUUCUUCAGUCCAUGUCAUGAUCGUUUCUGAAUUCACGGUCGCAUUUUCCUUCAUGCUAUUGCCUGUCCAUUUGAUAUUUAUACAAUUAUAAAAACGUCGUCAUAUGUUCAACAUUUUGUUCAACCGAAACUAAUUGGGAAAAGUUGUUACAUGAAAUUUGUGCCGAGACACAAUGUAGCACAUUUUUUGUAGCAGGUGUUGCACGACGUUCAGAAACGGGGUUUACUGGUCUCAGGUCUCUGCUACAUUAAUAUUUAUUCCAUAAGGGUGGAGAUGAUGGUGGCUAUGAUGCUUUUUAAUUUUUAAAUAUUAUUGUAGAGGAUGAGGGGGAGGUUCAUGCGGCUAAUGUGCAUUUUCGGGUCCCUCUUCGUCACCUGUUGUACCAUCAACAACAUGCGUAACUGGUGUAGUGUUGUAGAAACUACUGUAAUGCUGACCAAUUUGUUCUUAAAUUUAUCUGAGGAAAAAUGAGCUUUAGUUGAUGCCAGUUCACAAGACAUACCCUAUUUUGCAUGGCUAAUUGAUAGCAAAAUGUAAUUGGCCCUGAAUCAAACAGUAUGUAAUGUGGUCGGUGCGUAGCGUGGAAAUGAAAUUUCACAUUUAGAAGCACCAUUAAUAUAUUUUUUAGAAAAUUAACUCCUAAAUCCGGCAUUAAAAAUAUUACAACGUGGACAUGAAAGUCGGUAUUGUUCUAUAUGUUUGACUAAAAGUUAAAGUUCAUUUCCUUUAGUUGAUCAGAAUCUAAUUCAGAUUAUUUGACUGAUGGUAGGAAGUCCAUAGAACAAUAGCAUUUUGCUUUAAGUAGGUAAAUAAGACCCACCCACUAAACUCCUUUGUUUUUGGUGUAAUAAGUCCAUAUGUUUCUCAAGUUGGUGCUCAAUGUUGGAGAUUUUUUUUAGCAACUGAUGGCUUUAGUUUAAUCCCCAUUUAAUCAGUAGAUAUAUUUCCCUUAAUGAGUUACAAGUUUGAGGGAAUUUUGUUUUUGCAUAAUACCAGAAUUUCUGUCCCUUUUAUUUUUACUACUACAAAUCAAAACCACACACUGUUCUGUCCUUCCCUGCAGUCCUUUUGUGAAAUGAUAUAUUUACUGUAAUUUCUGAAAUAAACUGCUGUGAUAUACUUGAAUAAAA